AUGUUGACAACGUACGUUUUGAUUUAUGUUGUUUUACUUUACUUUAAACUUUUUUUAAUUUCUUACUGUAUUUUUUGACCGAAUAUAUAAAUUUCGAUCAAAAAUUUUAUCGUUGUUGUCAACAAAACGUAUUUUACCAUGAUUCCUUAAAUUUGAUUUCUAUAUAACAAAAAAUUUCAGGCUAAAAUCAUACCAUGUGCUGAUAAGGAAUACCACUUUGACAUGUUGUAUAAGCGGUUUGGCUGACAUUACGGAACAAAAAAUGGUCAAUGGGAAGGUCGAUUGGUACCGGGCUGGUAUGUUUUUACAUUUUCAUUAAUUUCUACGCUUGCUUUUCACAUAUUAGUAAAUUUUAAAAAUAAUUUUUUCCAAAAAUUUUGAAUUUUUGCCAUUUUUUUAGUCAUAUUAAAAAAGUGGCAAAACUUUUAUGCUAUCUUUUACAAUACAGUGUUUUAGUAUGAUCAUGUGACUGUUUUGAUAUUAAAAUAACUCUCAUACCAUAACCGUGACGUUAGAUAUCACAGUUUAAAUUAACUAUACCUAGAAAAUUUUUUGUCUCAAUUUUUGCCUUUUUUGUGUCAUAAAAUUAGCCAUACCUAACUUAAAACAACAUUUUGUGCCAAACUUAAAUUUAGUAUCGUUUGAGUAUUCUUUUAGGCUUCUUUUAACACUGACUUCAAUUUUUUAUCAUACCUCGGCAUUAAGAUAUAAAAUUUAUAUUAGCGAUAGCAAGAUCUUUUUGUGAUACUUUUGCAGCAUUGAUGACAUUAUUUUUGUUAUAUCUAAAUUAUUUUUAAAGCUUUGACAAAAAUAACUUUACCUAAUCAUUUUACAUUAUCUCGGGACUAAUGUACAAAAUUUACCGAGUUUAUAGUAACCCUAUUCAUCAAAAUAUACUCCUUUAUAUUAUCCAUACAAUAUAAAACUUAAACCUAAUUUUCAACUUUUUUCAGCCCGAGUCUCAUCGACAGGACUAUUUUUGGGUCCCAUGUGUCAUGGAUGGUACAAACUUCUGGACAAAAUUUUCCCGGGACCCCCAACCAGAGAUGUUAUACUGAAAAAAGUUGUGGCCGAUUUCAUAGUAAUACCAUUUUUCGCUUGUCCAUUCAUGACCUAUCUUGGCCUAUGGGAAGGGAAAAGUUUGGAACAAUGCCUCAGGGAAUAUGUUCACAAGUUUCCUUCGUUGGUCAAGGUAAGUGAAGGGUAGGGUAAAAUAAGGCAGGGUAGGGUAGGGUAGGGUAAGUUAGAGUAGGGUAAGGUAGGGCAAAGCAGGAUACGAUAGCAUACUUUAGUUUAGAGUAGGGUAGGUUAAAGCAAUAUAACAUCAUUUCAAAACUGGGCGGGGUAAAAACGACCUCAUCGUCAACAUUUCAGCUGGAUAUCUGUUUCUGGCCCCCAGUCCAAGCCAUCAACUUUUUCUUACUACCCACUCAUCUGCGUGUUCCCUAUGUGAAUAUCUGUCAGUUUUUCUACAACACUUGCCUUACUUACAUUAAACAUGAUCACUAA